GGAGGCGGACAUCCCGCUGAGUCAGCUCCGUGUUUGAAUCUGAGCCGCAGAACAACAACAUGGAGGAGUUUCACUAGGAAACUUUGUUUACACUAGACCGAGGCCGCGACCGUCCCGACCCAAGGUCCCGACCCAAGGUUCCGACCCAAGGUCCCGACCCAAGGUUCCGACGAGUCUGUUUACACUGGAUUUAAUCUGGAGAUUUGAUCCGAUUAUUUAAUUUGAUUUAAAGUGUUGAUCUGCUCUAAUGAGAAGAUUUGAUCUGAUUGAAGGAUUUGAUCUGAUUGGUUGAUUUGAUCUGAUUGAAGGAUUUGAUUGGAUCUGAUUGGAUCUGAUUGAAGAAUUGGAUCUGAUUGGUUGAUUGGAUCAGUUGGUGAUGAGUCAGUCACACUGAUGAGAACUUGUGCAGCUGAAGCAGGAGCUGAUGGUUCUAAUGUGUUUCUCUGUGUUCUUCAUUGUAAGAAGGACCCUGAGUUAUUUAGAUCAGUUUGAAUGAAGUAUUCACUUUUACAUUUUUUAUUCUUUAAUGAUCUUGAGUCUUUUUGAUGAGCUUAAGUUUCUGUAGAGAGAGUCUCUGCUUCCUAAGCCUUCCACAAAUAUUCACCCUGAAAGGAUCUUAGCAUGUAGCUAACAAAUUAAAUAAUAUUACAGCUGAUUUCUCAAAUGAAGAUUUAGUUUUAUGAGAAUUAGAAAUCACAAUUACAUUAUGUUAAGAAAUGAAAUCCUGCUUUAGUUUACUAAAUAAUCAUAGAUGCUCGCAUCCGUUUCAAAACAAUAGUACUGGGACGGCUCGGGUCCAGUCCACAUCCAGGACCUGGUCCAACCUUACAGCCCGUCCACUCCGCUCUGCACCAACCAAUCAGCUGCUCCCUCACUGCGAGGGACAGCUGUCACUCAACAACAUCCCCCCUGUUUGUUGUCCCGGCUUCUAAACUGUGAAACCAGCUCCACAUGGACAUCAGGACAGGAAGUCCUCACAUCGUCCUCCAGACUGAAGACACAUCCCUUCAGACCGCACCUGGGUCAAGAAGACGAUGUUUAAUAACCAUCGUCAACUCCGAGUUCUUUGUGUGUCCUGCUCUCUUCACUAAGUCAGCUGACGUUUCAUCAGGAGCCAGCGGGAAACACAAGGGAGUUCUUUCGGAUUCCGAGAACGAGGAGCCCAUCAGGAAGAUCAGGAACGUCUCUGCCUUCGUCCGGAGAACCAAAGCCUCGUUAGUUGUUGCUGGUGGUGCUCAGAGAAGUCGAAGCUGCACCGACCCGGUGGAGGUAGGAGGAGGGAAACUGAAGGUCACCGCUCAGCCGGCCAUGAUGGACCAGGUCGGGAUCAGUCACAGCUACACGGCAGGAAUCCUUCUCUCCUCUGAGAACAGUCGCUCCGUCUCGGCUCCGAUCGCUGCUCCUGACCGGAGGCUGACCUGGCGAGCUGUGAUCACAUCCUCCUCCACUCCUCUGGUCCUCCCUCUGCCUCAGCCCGAGCGCUCCAUCAGCCCUGAGAGCAACGACAGCAUCUCAGAAGAGCUCAACCACUUCAAGCCCAUCGUCUGCUCGCCGUGCACGCCGCCCAAACGUCUCCCAGACGGCCGUCUGUUGGAACCCACCAUUGUUAAGUCCACGCCUCGGAAUCUGACCCGCGGCCUUCAGAAAUCCACCAGCUACGAGGCCAGUCCUGCUGUGCUUCAGAAGUGGAGACAGAUCGAGCUUGAUCGGCAGAAUCUCAAAGUGAACUCCAAGGCCACGCUGACCAGCCCCAUCACAGAGGGCCACAGCAAGACCAACGGCGGCGAGGAGGCCGCAAAGACUCGUGUGUCUUCUGCAGGAGACGGGCUGACAUCCACCAACAAGAGGAGGCUGCUCUUCGAUCCUCCAGCCGGGGACACGGACACUUUCCAGAAACAGUCUGUGAUGAUCCGGGUCCCUGCCCUCCGCUACAGCAGCGAUGCAACUUUCAGAGGAAGUUCAGACCAUGAAUCGACAGUCGCGGUUCCUGAAUCCUGCAGCGGGGGGGUGGUGUUUAGUCGAAAACAAUCAUUCUCCCCGUAUUCUAAGAACUCUGGUUUCCAGUCGUGUAAAUUAGUGCCAAAGGACACGCAGAGUCCCAGGAAAGAGUCUGACAGCACCAUCCACAACCAGUCUACCUCACGGAGGGGCAAGAAGAGGAAGCAGAAGACGAAGCACCUGGACUCAGAGCGCGACGCUGACCUGAAGAGGAGCCGGCCCGGCAGCCAGGACGCCUUCGACGAGCGGUACAUCUGUCAGAUCCAGCAGGAGCGGCAAGACCGGGUCCUCGCCCUAAAGCUGCAGAGACAGUUUGACCUGGAGAACCAGACCGUCAACCGCAGGAGGAGCCCCGACACGUACUUCCUACGAUCCUGGAUGUCCAAUCAGAACCGCAGGAGGCGUGGUCUGAGGAGGUCCCGACGAAUCAACAAAAAGUACUAAAAAGGAUUUGUCUGCUGACUCAGCACAACGUCAGACAGGAAGUGGUUCAAAUAUGCAAAGUGGUGAGAGGUUUGAAGAGUAUGAAUGUUUUUCAAAUGCGUCUCAGCAGCGACAAGUUUAAUGUCCUGAACAUGUUUUAUUUUCUUUCACCAGCAAAUCACCAAAAAGCGACUCGGAGAAAAUGAUCCACUGCGAUAGAAACACACGGAUCACUGAUUCAUUUUACAUUAAACUGAUGCUGCAGCAAUAAUUGAUGGUAACUGAUCAAUAAACAGUUUAUCAUUUGUCUUCACUGUUCCAUCAAACAGACGCCGCUUAAAGACAGAACCGUUUUCACUGUUGAUUCACCUGCACGUUGUAUUUCAUCAACUUCAUGGAAACAUCACGGAUGGUUUGAAACGAUCACAACCUGUGGGUCGGCUGCUGAGCCGGUGUGUAACAGCAACACAACUUUGGCAUCCUGUGUCCAGGAUCUGCUAUAGACACAUGGAACUGUAGUUUACGAUCCGAUUAUAGUGUUGCGCCCUCUAUAAUCAUGUAACAUGUAAGACACAGUGUGCAAACAUGCUGUGUCUUACAUGUUACGAGGCUCAUCAUUAUUCAUACUCUGCUCCUCCGAUGUUUUCUAAUCAUCACACUUUGAACUGAUCUUCAUAAAAACCAGCUGAAUUCAUAUUUAUGUUCCUGGAGAGACGGGGCGUCGCUUCUUGCCACAAAGAAGUUAAAGCAUUGUGUUACGUUGUUAUCUGGGGGAAGAACUUCCAUCUGCAGGAGUGUGUGUGUAUUUGUCUCUGUCGCUCUUCAAACAAACUGACAAUCACAUUUAUUAAGUUAUUAAUCGAUAGUGCACGAUCAUGAAUCUGGAUCAUUCCGGUCACUCACCCUGAUGUCCUGACUGUGCGUCUUUUCAAAGCGUUAACACGUCUCAUACACUCGACGUGUCGAACAAAGACAAACUAAACUUCAGUGUCGUUCUGGUCCUAAUGACCUCUGAUCAGUGCUGGUGUUGAUUGUUGAUGUGUGAAGUGCGGCAGGCCAGCAGGGACGGCUCGGAACAAAGUGGAAACCCGACAGUUCGUGAAUGCAUCUAUUGUUUGAACCAAAUUCACCGACAUGAGCAACAGUCAGUCAACCAGAGUUCGUAAAUGUCGGUUUUGAUCAUUUUCCGUGGAUGCCAAAUGGUUCCUGUAGUCCAGACCGAACCUUUCCACCUGAAGACCUGAACGAACUGGAUCAGAUGAGGAGGCGGAGUUUCACCUCAUUGCUCUGCAGGAGAGAAAGUCAUGUGACAGGACGAGCGAGCCUCAUUGGUAGAUGUGAUGAAAUAAUUCAGCUAGUGGAGCUAUAAGUAAAAAGCUGAGUUUGUGAUGAGUUCAUCAGUAAAGUGCAGCCGAGGGAACGACUUUAUAAAGAAACGCUGUAAAACCAAACCAAGUGUAAAAAGUUGUUUUACUGUGUAAUGUGAUCACAUGACUUCUGUUUCUGACUGACAUGAAUCUCUGAUGAUUGACAGUCUGUGUGUCUGAUGGAGCUGAAGGGCUUUUCUCCCCUGAUGAUACUAAUAUGCACAUUUUCUAAAGUGGGUGUGAAGCUUUGAUGGUUGAGUUGAUGCAGUGUUUUCAUGCUGAGUGCCAAAUCCCCACAGACGGAGGGACCAUGUUUCUAUCGGAUUCACAAGUUUUAUAUGAUGGCGAGGAGGAGACCAAGAAAAACUAAAUGACCUGAGACCAA